UCCACUGAGUCCUCUGGAGACUUGACUCUAUCUCCGCUCAGGUCUCUUUCCACGUUACUCGUCUCACCUUCCUGAGCACCGUAUGUCAUGGUAACAAUCCCUCCAGCUAAGGCGAGUUGGACUCUGCUCCCUGUGGAGCCACAGGAGCUAUCAGAAGAGCUUGCUUGCUGCCUGGCUGUCAGCUGCUCCUUCAGUCCUGGUGGCACAUUAUCUGGAAAGUCUGAGAAUGCGUUGACUACAUUUUAUGUUAUAAUAGGUUACAAGACAUGAAAUAAAGCCUUGGAAAUGGCUCUACAAAAGAUAGACCUAAUCUUGGAAGGCUAGAACUCCUGUGCAGAGCAGCUGCAAUUAGUUAAAUACUGGAACCAUUGCGGAUUCAGUUGCAUCCUCCAACAUGACCAAUUCUCAGCCUACAAUAGAGGGCGGUGUUUCAGAAGUUGAGAUAAUUUCACAACAAGUGGAAGAAGAGACCAAAAGCAUUGCUCCUGUACAGCUUGUUAAUUUUGCUUAUCGAGAUCUACCUUUAGCUGCCCUUGAUCUGUCUGUGGCUGGGUCCCAGCUUUUGUCAAAUUUGGAUGAGGAGUACCAAAGAGAAGGAUCUAACUGGCUAAAACCGUGCUGUGGGAGACGAGCAGCUGUGUGGCAGGUAUUUUUGCUCAGUGCAAGUCUCAACAGUUUCCUGGUAGCCUGUGUAGUAUUGGUGGUGAUUCUUCUGACUCUGGAACUCCUAAUAGAUAUAAAGCUUCUCCAGUUUUCAAGUGCUUCACAGUUUGCAGGAGUAAUUCACUGGAUCAGCCUAGUCAUCCUGUCUGUUUUCUUUUCAGAGACUGUUUUGAGGAUUGUGGUCCUGGGCAUAUGGGAUUACAUUGAAAACAAAAUAGAGGUGUUUGAUGGUGCUGUCAUAAUCUUGUCCUUGGCACCAAUGGUGGCCUCAACUGUGGCUAAUGGCCCCAGCAGCCCAUGGGAUGCUAUCAGCCUUAUUAUCACACUACGAAUAUGGAGAGUGAAGAGAAUCAUUGAUGCCUAUGUCCUCCCAGUGAAACUGGAGAUGGAGAUGAUGAUUCAGCAAUAUGAGAAGGCAAAGGUUAUUCAAGAUGAGCAGCUGGAAAGACUAACCCAGAUCUGUCAAGAACAAGGGUUUGAAAUCAGGCAGCUGAGGGCCCACCUUGCUCAGCAGGAUUUGGAUCUGGCUGCAGAGAGAGAGGCUGCGCUGCAGGUCCCACAUGUGCUGAACAAACAGAGCAGCAACAGGUACAAGGUGGUAGCAACCGAAGAUUCGGAUGAUGAAGCCACUGAGAACAUCACUGAGCUGCGACCUCCACAAGAGGACGACAUGAAUAAUUACAUCAGUCGAUACUACAGCGAGCCUAGCAGUGAUAGUGGCAUCCCUGAGGCAGCCAUCUGUGUGGUCACCACUGCAGCCAUUGAUGUCCAUCGCCCCAACAUCUCUUCUGACCUCUUCACGGUGGAGGUGCCGAUGCGGCUGGGCAGCACUGGGACAUCCGCCAGCAUCACAUCGGGCAGUGCCUCACGGUCGACCGUCAGCUCAGGCACCCAGGCCUGCAGCGAGAGCAGCCAGACACUGGGCUCAUCCCCGGACUGCAGCACGGCCUGUGAGGAUGCUGCGGAGGCUAGUGCUGGCCCGCAGGCUGACCUUGCGCCUACCCAGCAGCGGGUGGCCCAGGCCAUGGUGCAGGAGCUGCUGUCGUCCCUGUCAGAGGAGGCCUGCCUGGCACAGAAGGGGCUGGAUCCUGUCAACCUGAAACUGCCCAGCCCAGCGGGAUCAGUGGGGGCAAGUCCUGACCUGGGCCAUAGGCUCAGUGUCUACAACCGCAAAAACCAGGAGAGCCUUGACGUCUUCCAGCUCAAGCCACUCCUUGACUGCCCACAGGGUGCCCCAGUGAUCAAUGAGAACUACGGGGCACUGGGGACCCCAGAGCCACGUCUGGGCAGGGUUCCCAAGGCAUAGGGAGAGCCUGGGGCCACAGGGACAGCUGCAGGAAAAUACUCACUGUGUUGCAUCACAAGACUGCUGCCAGCAAACCCGCAGUGCUGGUAGCACCUUGUGGUAUCUCUUGCAAUGGCCACCAGCCUGGGACCAAGCCAGCAUCACCUCUGGCCACCAGUGCGCAUGGGGCAUGACAGACCUGACCUUGCCACCAGCUCUGGGCCAGGUGGGACCUGCGGCGUCCUCUGCAGAAAAUGGACCUUCCAGCAGUCUUCGGCCAACAUGGACCCACAGUGCCUGUGGAACAGACUAUGAACCUGUCCUACUGCCGGCCCAACAGUGCCCAGGAGCACUAUGAAGCUGCUGGACAGCCUAAGUCCAGCCUGGCCCCCCCGCCCCAGCCUGAGCCUACCCUGAAGCCGAGCACAGCUGGAAAGGGAGUGGGAAGGGGAAUAAACACUGACAAACACA